GAUUGUCAUCAAUUCGGUUUAUUCAUUUUCUCACAUUUAUCAAAGUGUCGUCAAGAUGGUCGUCCGCAUUCGUCUCUCGCGAUUUGGCAACAAGCACCAGCCGUUCUACAACAUCUGCGUUUCGCAGGCACGAUCUGCCCGAGACUCCAAACCCCUCGAAGUUAUCGGAACCUACAACCCCCUCCCCCAACGCCCCACGAACCUCUCUACCGAACAAGCGCGCAAUGCCAGACCAUACAAGGAGGUUGCUCUCGACCGGUCACGAGCGAAGUACUGGCUUGGUGUCGGGGCGCAGCCUAGUGAUGGUGUGUGGAAGUUAUUGAGCUUGGCUGGUCUUGCAGAGGGGCAGACGAAGACGAAGACUGAGGGGUCGGAGUAGAUGGUGUUGCUUCGGAUGGACGUGUCGGAUUGAUGGUUCUACCUGUCAUGUUCGGUAGAGGAUGGACGGACUGGGAGUCGGACACUCUGCGGAGAACGAAAAGACUACAUAAAACGACUAUACGUGCGGCCGGAAUCGAUUUCUGGCCGGUUUUUCUGAUAUUUGGCAUUCCUGGCGUUUGGACUUGCUUGGGGCGACAUGAUACAACUCGGGUUUCAGUUGUACGUAUGUACGAUCUGUGUAUAUUAUGGGCGAUUUUCGCUCUACGGUAUGAAUUGUGAGAUUUAGUUUAUGAUCCGAUAAAUGUGCGCUGAGACAUGCAUAGAUCAUGUGGCAGGGAUGCCGGUAUCGACAGGCAACGAUAUGUUGAUCAGGUGUCAGGGUAUGCAUGCAUCUAGUAUACAAGACACAUCUCAC